GCUUUAGCACCCUGCGCACGUUAUCAUCCAUCUGACGGAUCAUACUCCUGGGAUGACCCAGACACAUUGAUGGGUCUAUCUGCAGACGCGGAUUCGGGGUUGCCAAAACCAUCCUAUUCAUCCUCACCACCCAAUCAACCAUCGUCCCCAGCCCAAACGGACCGUUCCAGUAUGGCUAGUGUGUUUCAAGUGCAACGAACGGCCAUCCUGCUGAAUGAAUGGGCCAGCCGCUUUCCUCUUCCGGCUUCAGUGAUUGCCGCUCCGGGAUCCGGGACUACACCUGGUCAAACUCCAUCCGGUGCCACACCGCUUAAUCCAACCUCGACUUCGGCGCCGAGUACUAACCCCUCAGCUACUAAUAAUACGGUGAGUAGUACGUCAAGGGAAUUUUUCAGCUGUUCACGAAUGUGUGUGUGUGUGUGUGUGUGUUGGAUAUAG